CUGUGAAGUGUGUUCCGUCCAGCGUUUUCCUGCGGCUGUUUGAAGAUGCCUGAGACUUGGCAAAAGCUGGAGUAGAGACGGUUGGAUGUGUCAUUCCCGUGCUUGAUGAUCCAUUCACCUCCGCCUAUUCUCUUCUACCACAUUUUGAGCUUCAUCUACAUGGCUUCCACCCUCAACGUCACCAUGAGACUGGCCGACGUCAGACAAACAAGCAACGCUAAACAUCUCUUCAGAGGAACAGAAGUGAAGCUGCUCCUGUGGAGCACAAUUACCUCGGAAUUGCUGCUUUACCCUGCUGACCCCUCGAGGAUUUCACCUAACACUGCUUUGAGCCUCCCUCAGUCUGAGGCUAUGAGAGGGAGAGAGGAGUCCCAGGCCGCACCAUCAUGCUACUUCUGAGACGCUGGGAUGAGUCUUUGGCUGGCAAAACACAAGGUAUUACCCUCCCACUCCUCCACCAUGCCUGUCUGCAGCUGCAGCAGCCCCUCCCUGCCUCCUGGCCACGCUGGGUCCUCCACCUAUGUCCCCUCCAUCGCCCAGGGGCACGAGAGUCCAGCACAGCCCCGACAUCCACCUCCACCUCUGUCACUUCACUGCCGCACCAGCAUUUCUUCUUGCCUAUCUCUUCUUCUCCUGCUCCUUUGCCUUCUCCACCUGCCCCCCGCCUGCCACUCACGGAGAGAGAAAGGUGGGGGAGGCGGCGGCGGCGGUGGUCACUACAUACCCAUCCCGCAACCUCCGCCGCACCACAUGGCCCUGCCCAACAUCCUGCGAGGCCUCAGCAUUGCUGUCGUCCUGGUGGGCAACUCUAGCGAAAUGGCACUGGCCGGGGCCCGGGAGAAAGAGGACUUUCUCCACAUGGCACCCAAUGUGGAGCUGCUGACCAUGAAUGAGACGGACCCUAAAAGCAUCAUCAAGAGCAUAUGUGACCUCAUGACUGAACACUGGCUGCAGGGUGUCGUGUUUGGGGAUGACACUGACCAGGAGGCAAUCGCCCAGAUCCUGGACUUCAUUUCAGCCCAGACGCACAUUCCAAUUCUAGGAGUCCGUGGGGGCUCCUCCAUGAUCAUGGCUGCCAAGGAUGACCACUCCAUGUUCUUUCAGUUCGGCCCCUCCAUCGAGCAACAGGCAUCGGUCAUCCUGAACAUCAUGGAGGAAUAUGACUGGUACAUCUUCUCCAUCGUCACCACGUACUACCCAGGUUACCAGGACUUUGUCACCAAGAUCCGUAGCACCAUUGAGAACAGUUUUGUGGGCUGGGAACUGGAGGAAGUUUUAUUACUUGACAUGUCGGUCGAUGACGGAGAUUCAAAGAUCCAGAACCAGCUGAAGAAGCUCCAGAGUCCUGUUAUCCUGCUGUACUGCACAAAAGAGGAGGCCAACACCAUCUUUGAGGUCGCCCACUCUGUUGGGAUCACUGGCUACGGCUUCACAUGGAUAGUGCCCUCGCUGGUCGCUGGAGACACUGUUGUCGUGCCUGCCGAGUUCCCCACAGGUCUGCUCUCGGUGUCCUACGACGAGUGGGACUACGGCCUGGAGGCGCGCGUUCGUGACGGUGUGGCAAUAAUCACUAUGGCGACCUCCACCAUGAUGAUGGACCGCGGACCUCACACGCUGCUGAAGUCUGAGUGCCACGGAGCUCCUGAAAAGAAAACCCCCAUCUCAGGCAACCCCAAUGAAGUGCUCAGGUAUCUGAUGAAUGUGACGUUCGAGGGACGCAAUCUGUCAUUCAGCGAGGACGGAUACCAGAUGCACCCCAAGCUGGUCAUCAUUCUGCUCAACAAGGAGAGACAGUGGGACAGGGUGGGCAAGUGGGAGAACGGCUCCCUUUCCAUGAAGUACCAUGUGUGGCCGCGCUAUGAGCUGUAUGGGGGGGCAGCAACCAGGGAGGACGACCACCUGUCCAUCGUGACUUUGGAGGAGGCUCCGUUCGUCAUCGUGGAAGACGUGGAUCCUCUUAGCGGGACCUGCAUGAGGAACACCGUUCCCUGCCGCAAGCAGAUCAAGAUGGGUAAUCAAACUAAGGAGUCGGGCAUCUACAUCAAGCGCUGUUGUAAGGGUUUCUGUAUCGACAUCUUGAAGAAGAUCGCCAAGUCUGUGAAGUUCACCUACGACCUUUACCUGGUGACCAAUGGCAAACAUGGCAAGAAGAUCAAUGGAACGUGGAAUGGCAUGGUCGGGGAGGUGGUGUUAAAAAACGCUCACAUGGCUGUCGGCUCCUUGACCAUCAAUGAGGAAAGGUCAGAAGUCAUCGACUUCUCCGUCCCCUUCAUCGAGACGGGCAUCAGCGUCAUGGUCUCCCGGAGCAACGGCACUGUGUCUCCUUCGGCCUUCUUAGAGCCCUUCAGUGCGGAUGUGUGGGUGAUGAUGUUUGUGAUGCUCUUGCUGGUGUCAGCAGUGGCUGUGUUUAUAUUCGAGUACUUCAGCCCUGUGGGCUACAACCGCUGUCUGGCUGACGGCAGAGAGCCUCAUGGUCCGUCCUUCACCAUCGGUAAGGCCAUCUGGCUGCUGUGGGGUCUGGUCUUCAACAACUCUGUGCCGGUGCAGAACCCCAAAGGCACCACCAGUAAGAUCAUGGUGUCAGUGUGGGCCUUCUUUGCUGUCAUCUUCCUGGCCUCGUACACUGCCAAUCUGGCCGCCUUCAUGAUCCAGGAGGAAUACGUGGACCAGGUAUCGGGUCUCUCGGACAAAAAGUUCCAGAGUCCCAAUGACUUUUCGCCUCCAUUUCGGUUUGGCACCGUCCCAAACGGGAGUACAGAGAGGAACAUUAGGAACAACUAUCCAGAAAUGCACUCCUACAUGACCAAGUUCCAUCAGAGAAACGUCAAUGAGGCCCUGCAGAGUCUCAAGGCUGGCAAACUAGACGCUUUCAUUUAUGACGCCGCCGUACUGAACUACAUGGCUGGCAGGGACGAGGGCUGCAAGCUGGUGACCAUUGGCAGCGGCUACAUCUUUGCCACCACGGGAUACGGCAUCGCCAUUCAGAAGGAGUCGCUCUGGAAGAGACACGUGGACCUGGCCAUCCUGCAGCUCUUUGGAGACGGUGAGAUGGAGGAGCUGGAGUCCCUGUGGCUGACGGGGAUCUGCCACCAUGAGAAGAACGAGGUGAUGUCCAGUCAGCUGGACGUGGACAACAUGGCGGGCGUCUUCUACAUGCUCGGCGCCGCCAUGGCCCUGUCACUCAUCACCUUCAUUUGUGAGCACUGGUUCUACUGGCAGCUUCGCUUCUGCUUCAUGGGCGUCUGCUCCGGCCAGCCCGGCUUCGUCUUCUCCAUUAGCAGGGGCAUCUACAGCUGUAUCCACGGCGUGCAGAUAGAGGAGAAAAGCAGUUCAGCACUGAACUCCCCGUCCGCCACCAUGAACAACACCCACUCCAACAUCAUGCGCCUGCUGCGCACCGCCAAGAACAUGGCCUCGCUCUCAGGGGUGAACGGCUCGCCGCACAGUGCUCUGGACUUCAUCCGUCGCGAAUCCUCGGUUUAUGACAUCUCUGAACACCGGCGUAGCUUGGCGGGCCACUCGGACUGCAAGCCGCCGUAUAUACCGGAAGACAACAUGUUCAGCGAUUACAUCAGCGAGGUGGAGAGGACGUUUGGCAACCUCCACAUGAAGGACAGUAAUCUGUACCAGGACCAUUACCUGCAUCACCAUGGCUCGACUCCAGGGCUCAGCGGACCUCCUCCCAACAGGCCCCUCAGUUUGGGCAGCGCCAGUUCACUGGAGGGCGGCAUGUUCGAUUGUGACAGCCUCGGUGGUGGGGUGGCCCCUAUUUUUACCACGCAGCCCUGCUCUGCACUGACCCACAGGAACAUGAGCAAGUUUGACUUGCUGUCUGGGCAGACUCCGCCCUCAGGCCAGGGCUUCACAGGAGCCCUGCCAGACCUGUAUGGGAAGUUCUCCAGUUCCACCUACAUCCCUGGACCCAGCUAUAUUCCAGGCAGAGGAGAUGAUGAUGGGAAUAUACGCUCAGAUGUCUCAGACAUUUCCACGCACACUGUUACAUAUGGAAACCUGGAGGGCAAUGCCAAGAAGCGGAAAAAGUACCGUGAUAGCUUGAAAAAGAGGCCGGCCUCUGCCAAGUCCAGACGGGAGCUGGACGAGAUUGAGCUCGGCUACAGGAGGAAACCGUACCACAUCAGCCAUCACCACUACCACAACCACCGCUCUGCCUCUCCACCACCUUUGCCCUCUGAACGCAAGAGAGGAGGAGGAGGAGGAGGAGGUGGAAACAAUGAUGACAAUUCAUAUCUCUUCAGAGAAAAGGAGAGUGUUAGGGAUUUUUAUUUGGACCAGUUUCGGCCCAAGGAGGGCGUCCCUCAGUGGGAGCAUGUGGACCUGACCGAGGGCCCUAGGAAUAGAGAUGGGGGUGUGGGGGCUCUGGUGCCAGUGGAUGACUUUCUUAAGAGUAAACCCAAAAAGUCUGACUCAAAGGGUGGAGGAUCUGGGUUGGCAGGGGGAGAGUGGGAAUGCAGGAACUGUCGGGCUAGCGGGGGAGGAGGGAGCAAGCAGAUGUCCAUGCAUGGAGGAGGGGGUGGGUAUGGUGGUGGUAUGAGCUGCGGGUCUUCGGCAGGCGGAGGAAACAGCCGGCCCAGCUCUGCAACCUGCAUGCGCUGCGAGGGCUGUAAAAAGACAGGGAACCUCUAUGAUAUCAGCGAGGACAACAACCACCUCUUGGAACAGAUGGGUGAAGGCCAAGGUGGGGGAGGAGGUAUGGGCGCAGGCCCUCAAUCUCAGGCCCAGCAGAGGAGGAAGAGUGGAGGAUUCGGCAAACCACUACGGCGGCAGCACUCGUACGACGCAUUUGUUGACCUUCAGAAAGAGGAGUCAGGUGGGAUGGGAAGUAUGAUGGGGGGUCUGGGUGGAGGCAUGAGCGGCGCCGGCAUGGGAGGGAUGCUGCCCCCACCCAGGAGCGUUAGCUUGAAGGAGAAAGAACGCUACAUGGAGGGCACCAGCCCCUUCGCACACAUAUUUGAGCGUCAUGGUGGAUCGGAGAGAGAACGGGAAAGGGACAGGGAUCCGUUGUUUUAUGGAGGUGAGGGCCGGAAAGGACCUGGCUCACCAUUCGGCCUGUUUAGAGGUGGAGAGGGCCUCCACCGCCGCUCCGUGGGCGAGAGGGACAUGAGAGACAGGGAUAGGUCUUUGAUGGAAGGAGGAGGUGGAGGAGCAUUUUCUUUAUCCAAAUCUCUUUACCCUGAUCGGGUAAACCAAAACCCCUUUAUACCCACCUUUGGUGACGACCAGUGUCUGAUGCACGGAGCCAAACAAUAUUACAUGAAAAAGCAACAGCAGCAGCAACAAGUUGCCAAAAACAGCCGAAGUGACUUGAGGGGCCAGAUGAGCACGACGUCAUAUCUGCCAGCAUCUGCCACGGCCGGGGUGGUGUCCAAUGUAGCACCCCGGUUCCCAAAAGAGCUCAGCCUUGGUGGAAUGAACCACCACGGCUCCAUGCUGGGGGUCGGACCCCCGCGUCCCUUCAAUGGAAGCAAUGGCCAUGUGUACGAGAAACUCUCCAGUAUUGAGUCUGAUGUGUGAAAGAAAAAGUAAUGGAGGAGGAGGAGGAGGAGCAGACGAGGGCAAACGCAGGAGGAGGAGGAGGAGGAGAGGGAUCCAGUGCUUAGAGAUCAGGGAUGAUUUUAAACGAUGCUGUUCACACACACACUGCACAUCUGGAUCAUAUCAGACACGAGAGAUGAAACAGGACACUCUGAGGAGGUGUGGAUUGUUAACCCUCUCUCAGAAAUGGCCAAAGCUACUCUGCAUUUGUGUCCUAACAUGGUCAAUUAACGUUCGGACUCGAGUCCAUCGAUUCACCCUCCAGUGAGGCAGAAGUCAGCGGACUCGGUUAUUAACACAGCGGGACAACACCUCGUCCUAGUUUGAUAUCGGACAUGUGAGCCUGGUGUUAUUUGAUAGCUGUCGGAGAGCUCCCGCCGAGUGCUUUUGAGGAAAGACUGCGAGAGCGGAGGGAGGGAGGGAGAGAGAGAGAGAGAGAGAGAAGUGAACUGGCCAUCUGCCCCUGUGUCACCACAGAAAGAAGACAUUGUCACGUUUACCAGAGCUGUGACACAGGAGGUGACGAGUGGAAGGAGACAGCUUAGUCGUGCACUCUCUCCUCCUCCUCCUCCUCCUCCUCCUCCUCAUCCUCCUCAUCCCUGACGCCAAAAGAGCCGAUCUUGUUUGCUAUGAGAAAUACAAUCAUAAAUGAUAAUAACAUAUUCUUAUAGAAAAAAGAAACAGGGUAUCAGAACAACAAUAAUAUUGAUGACAUUGUGAAUAAUGAUGUUAGUAUUGUUUAUGAUAACACAGCUUUUUUCUUCUUUCAUUUCUUGUUAUUAGAAUCUUUCACUGCUGUUUUUAGUAUUCAGUUUGCUCCUGGUGACAGCAGCAAGGCUAUUCUGUUGUUCAAAGACUAAGUCAUUCUCUUUUCUUUUCUUUUUCUCUUUGUUGACUCUUUUUACUCCAUGCACAUUUCUUUAUUUGCUCCUUGUGGAAAAACGACAGGAUCUCACAGACGCGCUUGGAGCCGGCACAUCCUCGACUUGACAUUUCAAGAGACAUCACAAAUCAAGUGCACACAACUCAACUCAAACACACACUCGCUUUGCACGUGUGUUACUGUGAACAACACGUUAUUUUAUUUAUUUUUGUCACAAGCUGAAGAUACUGAGAGGAAGGACGUGCCUUAACGGUCUCCAGUGGAUGUGUCCUCCAGUUUACGCGUGGCUCUGGACGCGGCAGCACCAGGACGGACCCGGCGUGCCGCUGCUGCUGUCGCCGCCGCUGCUGCGUUUUCCUCUUCACGCUCAUGAGCCAAAACUGCAGUAAACAUUUACAGCAGGCUUGAGACGACGACGACGACGCUGCCGUUGAGAUGUUUUAUAACUUUGUGAAAUAAUUUCAUAUGUCAAAGUAUGGGCAGCGCUUUUUAUGAAGCGCUCGUAUUCAGGACGUGUCCCACUGUCACGGAUUGACCGAUGGGUCUCACUUCACAACACGGCAGCCUUUAGACCACUUGUUUUAUUCAGGUUACAUAACAAUAGUCACCAGGCACUUACUUUCUUUGGCCUCUCACUAGUAUCUCGCAGACGGCAUUACUUUUCCGCUCAUGUAAGGAGUCUGAGAGGCGCGCGAUCGCAGACAGGUUUCUUUUUCCCCAGACAAUAUAUGCACUGUCCUUUAGUCGGCUAACUGCUACAGGAAACAAUGUGCGGGAGGCGUGAGCGUCGCUGCCCUGUGACAAUGGCGCUGAGGAGGAUGUCUAUUUGAGAGAGGCCUCUCGAACGCUGACUUAAGGUGUCAGGGAGGCGGCCAUCUUGUGAAAGCUUUCAGGCUUUUUCUGCUUUGACUCAUGACGUUCAGUCUUUUCGGUUGGAGAGGCCUCGUUUAUUGCACAGGACCUUUUUACUCAGUGUAGGUUCAGGCACUCGGUAGACAUGCCUUAUCAUCCCAUCAUCCCGCUCCCACCCCUCCAACUGUCUGACGAUGACUCAUCGUGUUACUGUACAGAAUAAGGAAGUGUCUAUGAUGUUGGAUUAGCCGGCGGUGUCAGAAGUUCAAGGGCUGCAGGAGGUCGUGCUGGAGUGCUGGCCCGAGAUCGCCGAGCUGCUGGAGUGUGUCGAAUGUGAUCUUUGUCACUGCACACUUCUAUUGAAUCCCCUCAUCAAAAUGCACCAGUGUAAUGGUUGUGUGUGCGUGCGUGUGCGUGUGUGUGUGUGUGUGUGUGGAGGGAAGCAGAUCACACCUGACAACAGCUAUUUUUUUAACCACUAAUCUGCUGACCACUCUCCAUAAAUUCAACAGCCUGUGAACUUAAUAUGAAAGUGAGACUGAUAAAGUUAGCCUUAAAUGAGACAGAUUCACCCCGCGGACAAACCCAACCUAUUAGCGACUCUCCCGAUAAAUACACUGGGAUCUCUGGAACUUUUUUAUAUUCGAGUGUUCAGGUCAAUCAUUGUCAGCAAGAUGAUGUAAGACAGAGGGACGGGGCCAAAUAACGAGGAAAUAAGAAGGAGCGGGAACACGACAUGGGGAGUGAGCGUCAAUCAGUGUCAGCGUUAGUACGUGCGUUCAAUCUUUUCCUUGUAAAUAUUCUAUAUUUAAAACUCUUUUCACUUUGUACAGUAAACAGACAGACAGGAUGUAACUUUAAAUAUGUUUUACAGCAAUUUAAG